AUGUCGGGAUACCCAGCCGGUGGUGCUGGUGGCGGUGGCCACCAGGGCUACGAUGACGGCUACGACCAACAGGGUCGCGGCCAUGGAGGAAACGGAACUCAGCAGACCGAUUCCUAUUACCAGGACGACCAGCAGUACUAUGAUCAGCAUGGUGCCUACGACGCCCACGGUGGUCACCCCCAGCAAGGUGGUGAUGGCUACUACGAUGAGUCGGGCUACUACAAUGCCGACCCGAACAAUGCCUACCACCAGGAUGGCGGAUACUACGACAACAACGAGCAGUACCAGGACGGCUACUAUGACAACAACCACCCCAAUGGCUACUACGACCAGGACUACAACCAGGGGCAUGCCGGUGGACAACGCCAUCAGGGCUCCGAGGAAGACUCUGAGACCUUCAGCGACUUCACCAUGAGAUCCGACAUGGCUCGAGCUGCCGAUAUGGAUUACUACGGCCGCGGCGACGAACGUUACAACAGCUAUGAUCAGGGCGGUGCUCGUGGAUUCAGACCCCCUUCCUCCCAGAUCUCCUAUGGCGGAAACCGCUCUUCUGGGGCUUCGACUCCUAAUUACGGCAUGGACUACGCCAACAUGAUGUCGGCUGCUUCUCGCGAGCCGUACCCUGCCUGGAGCGCCGAUGCUCAGAUUCCCCUUUCCAAGGAAGAGAUUGAGGACAUUUUCCUCGAUCUUUGUGCCAAGUUUGGAUUCCAGCGGGACAGCAUGCGCAACAUGUACGACCACUUCAUGAUUCUUUUGGACUCGAGAGCUUCCCGCAUGACCCCUAAUCAGGCGCUGCUGUCUCUCCACGCCGAUUACAUUGGUGGAGACAACGCCAACUACCGCAAGUGGUACUUCGCCGCUCACCUGGAUUUGGAUGACGCUGUCGGCUUCGCCAAUAUGAAGGGCAAGGGUCUGCGUCGCAAGGCCAAGAACAAGAAGAAGAAGAAGGGUGAAGCCGAGAACGAGGCCGAGGCUCUGGACGACCUUGAGGGUGAUAACUCUCUCGAAGCUGCCGAGUACCGCUGGAAGACGCGUAUGAACCGCAUGUCUCAGCAUGACCGUGUUCGCCAGCUUGCUCUGUACCUGCUCUGCUGGGGUGAAGCCAACCAGGUUCGCUUCAUGCCCGAGUGCUUGUGCUUCAUCUUCAAGUGUGCCGACGAUUACCUCAACACUCCCGCAUGCCAGAACUUGGUGGAGCCUGUGGAGGAGUUCACCUUCCUCAACAACGUCAUUACACCACUCUACCAGUUCUGCAGAGACCAGGGUUACGAAAUCUCGGAUGGCGUCUACGUGCGACGCGAGCGUGAUCACGACAAGGUCAUCGGAUACGACGACUGCAACCAGCUCUUCUGGUACCCCGAAGGAAUCGAGAAGAUUGUCCUCGAGGACAAGUCCAAGUUGGUCGACAUUCCUCCUGCCGAGCGAUACCUCAAGUUUAAGGACAUCAACUGGAAGAAGUGCUUCUUCAAGACAUACAAGGAGACUCGGUCAUGGUUCCAUUUGCUUGUUAACUUCAACCGUAUCUGGAUCAUUCACUUGACCAUGUUCUGGUUCUACACUGCACACAACUCUCCUAGUUUGGUCGUCGGUCCUUCGUACGAGCAACAAGCCAACCAGCAGCCGACGACAGCCCAGAACUUCUCUAUCGUUGGAUUCGGUGGUACGAUCGCCGCGCUCAUUCAGGUUUUGGCUACUCUGGCUGAGUGGGCAUACGUGCCGCGCAAAUGGGCUGGCGCGCAGCACUUGACCAAACGUCUGCUGUUCCUGAUCUUCAUUCUCAUCAUCAACGUUGCGCCCUUCGUCUACGUCUUCGUGCUCCCGAACCCCAAUGAGCAGAUUGCUAAGAUCCUCGCCAUUGUGCAGUUCAUCAUUGCGCUCCUCACCUUCAUCUUCUUCUCGGUCAUGCCGCUCGGCGGUCUCUUCGGCAGCUACUUGACCAAGAACUCGCGCAAGUACGUUGCCAGCCAGACAUUCACGGCAAGCUACCCGCGCUUGAAGGGCAAUGACAUGGCCAUGUCCUACGGUCUCUGGGUUGCUGUCUUCGGUGCCAAGUUCGGAGAAUCCUACGUCUACCUGACUUUGUCCUUCAGAGAUCCCAUCCGUUACCUCACCAUCAUGAACAUCGAGUGUCUCGGCGACAAGAUCAUUGGCGAUGUUCUGUGCAAGAAGCAGCCGUACGUUCUUCUGGCUCUGAUGGCCUUCACCGAUUUGAUCUUUUUCUUCCUCGACACGUACCUGUGGUACGUCUUGGUCAAUGCGAUUUUCUCCAUUGCCCGAUCCUUCUAUAUCGGUUCUUCCAUCUGGACACCUUGGAGAAACAUUUUCUCUCGCUUGCCCAAGCGCAUCUACUCCAAGAUUCUCGCUACUGGCGACAUGGAGAUCAAGUACAAGCCAAAGGUUCUCAUCUCCCAAGUGUGGAACGCCAUCGUCAUCUCCAUGUACAGAGAGCACUUGUUGGCCAUUGAUCACGUGCAGAAGCUUCUCUACCACCAGGUUCCUUCCGAGCAGGAGGGUAAGAGAACAUUGAGAGCGCCUACUUUCUUCGUUUCUCAGGAAGAUCACUCGUUCAAGACUGAGUUCUUCCCUACCGACAGCGAAGCCGAGAGACGUCUUUCCUUCUUCGCUCAAUCGCUGUCGACUCCUAUCCCGGAGCCUGUGCCAGUCGAUAAUAUGCCGACCUUCACCGUCCUCAUUCCUCAUUACAGCGAAAAGAUUCUGCUUUCUCUCCGUGAGAUUAUUCGCGAGGAUGAGCCCUACUCUCGCGUGACUUUGCUUGAGUACCUCAAGCAGCUUCACCCGCAUGAAUGGGACUGCUUCGUCAAGGACACAAAGAUCCUGGCCGAUGAAACCUCCCAGUUCAACGGCGACGGCAACACCAACGAGAAGAACGAAAAGGACACCGCCAAGAGCAAGAUCGACGACUUGCCCUUCUACUGUAUUGGUUUCAAAUCUUCUGCCCCCGAGUACACCCUCAGAACCCGUAUUUGGGCAUCUCUUCGCUUCCAGACCUUGUAUCGCACGAUUUCUGGCUUCAUGAAUUAUAGUAGAGCUAUCAAGCUUUUGUAUCGCGUGGAAAACCCAGAGGUUGUCCAAAUGUUCGGUGGCAACUCCGACAAGCUCGAGCGUGAGCUCGAGCGCAUGGCUCGUCGCAAGUUCAAGCUCUGUGUUUCCAUGCAGCGUUACGCCAAGUUCAAGAAGGAAGAGAUGGAGAACGCCGAGUUCCUCCUUCGUGCCUACCCCGAUCUUCAGAUCGCCUACCUCGACGAAGAGCCCCCUCUGGCUGAGGGCGAGGAGCCUCGUCUGUACUCUGCUCUCAUCGACGGUCACUCAGAGAUUAUGGAGAACGGCAUGCGCAAGCCCAAGUUCCGCAUUCAGCUUUCCGGCAACCCCAUCUUGGGAGACGGCAAAUCCGACAACCAGAACCACUCGCUCAUCUUCUACCGCGGUGAAUACAUCCAGCUUAUCGACGCCAACCAGGACAACUACCUCGAGGAGUGCCUCAAGAUCCGAUCCGUCCUUGCCGAAUUCGAGGAGAUGAAGACUGAUAAUGUCAGCCCCUACACUCCUGGUGUCAAGAGCAAGAUGACCAACCCUGUCGCUAUUCUUGGUGCUCGCGAGUACAUUUUCUCGGAAAACAUUGGUAUCCUCGGUGACGUUGCUGCUGGAAAGGAACAGACAUUCGGUACUCUCUUCGCCCGUACUCUUGCUCAGAUUGGAGGCAAGCUUCAUUACGGUCACCCGGAUUUCCUCAACGGUAUCUUCAUGACGACCCGCGGUGGUGUUUCCAAAGCCCAAAAGGGUCUGCAUCUCAACGAGGAUAUCUACGCCGGCAUGAACGCCAUCUUGCGCGGUGGCAGGAUCAAGCACUGCGAGUACUACCAGUGUGGUAAGGGUCGUGAUUUGGGUUUCGGCUCAAUUCUUAACUUCACCACCAAGAUUGGAACUGGUAUGGGUGAGCAGAUGCUGUCUCGCGAGUACUACUACCUCGGAACUCAACUGCCUCUGGACCGCUUCCUCUCUUUCUACUACGCCCAUCCUGGUUUCCAUCUCAACAACAUGUUCAUUAUGUUGUCCGUCCAGAUGUUCAUGAUCUGCUUGCUCAGCUUGGGCGCCCUCCGGAAAGAAACAAAGGCGUGCGACUACAACCGCGACGUUCCCAUCACCGAUCCUCUCUUCCCUACUGGUUGCCAGAAUACCGAUGCUCUCAUGGAUUGGGUGUACCGCUGCAUUCUCUCCAUUAUCUUCGUGUUGCUUUUGGCUUUCGUGCCGCUGGUCGUCCAAGAGUUGACUGAGAGAGGUUUCUGGCGUGCCGCCAAGCGUCUUGGCAAGCAAUUCUCUUCCCUCUCGCCGUUCUUCGAGGUCUUCGUUUGCCAGAUUUACGCAAAUUCGGUACAGCAGGAUCUCUCGUUUGGCGGUGCCCGGUACAUUGGUACUGGUCGUGGCUUUGCGACUGCUCGCAUUCCCUUCGGUGUCUUGUACUCUCGUUUUGCCGGCCCUUCGAUUUACUUCGGAUCUCGUCUACUAAUGAUGCUUCUCUUCGCCACCGUCACCAUCUGGCAAGCCGCACUCGUCUACUUCUGGAUCUCUCUUCUCGCCCUGGUUAUCUCGCCCUUCCUGUACAACCCGCACCAGUUCGCUUGGAGCGACUUCUUCAUCGACUACCGCGACUUCUUGAGGUGGCUGUCCCGUGGUAACUCUCGCUCUCACGCAUCCUCCUGGAUCGCCUUCUGCCGUCUGUCUCGUACCCGUAUUACAGGUUAUAAGCGCAAGGCUCUCGGUGACCCGUCUGCCAAGAUGUCGUCUGACGUACCCCGUGCGGCUAUCACCAACAUGUUCUGGGGCGAGAUUCUUACUCCUCUGCUCCUCGUGGCCGUCACUGUCAUUCCGUACCUGUACAUCAACGCCCAGACCGGCGUCUCUGCUGACAACAACCCCGAUGCCUCAUCUUCGGCGAUCAAGCGUACCAACUCUUUGAUCAGAGUCGGAGUUGUCGCACUGGCCCCUAUUGCAGUCAACGCCGGCGCGUUGUUGAUGUUCUUCUUCAUGGCCUGUUUCAUGGGUCCCCUCCUGAGCAUGUGCUGCAAGAAGUUCGGUAGUGUCCUUGCGGCGAUUGCCCACGGCAUUGCCGUGAUCAUGUUGCUUGUCUUCUUCGAGGUCAUGUUCCUGCUCGAGUCUUUCGAUUUCGCCCGAACUCUGCUUGGCAUGAUCGCCGUGGUCGCCAUCCAACGUUUCGUCUUCAAGCUGAUUAUCUCGCUCACUUUGACGCGUGAGAUCAAGACGGACGCGGCGAACAUUGCAUUCUGGACCGGCAAGUGGUAUUCUAUGGGAUGGCACUCAGUUUCCCAGCCCGCCCGUGAAUUCCUCUGCAAGAUUACGGAGCUGAGCAUGUUCGCGGCCGACUUUGUCUUGGGCCACUUCCUUCUCUUCAUCAUGCUUCCGGUCAUCCUUGUGCCCAAGAUUGACAUGUUGCACUCGAUGAUGCUCUUCUGGCUUCGUCCUGGUCGCCAAAUCCGCCCGCCAAUCUACUCAAUGAAGCAGUCCAAGUUGAGACGCAAGCGUGUCUUCCGCUAUGCCAUUCUCUACUUCACCAUGUUCAUUCUCUUCAUGGCUCUCAUGAUCGGUCCUGCCGUCGUUGGUGACAAAAUCCCUAUGAGCAUCUUCAAGUCUCUAGACACGACGGACCUGGCCCUGAUCCAACCUACCAGCCUUAACAACGACAACACGCGUGGGGAGACUGAAACUGGAACUGGAGCGGCAGACUACUCGGGAGCCUACCUUACGAUGACUUCAUCGUCGGCAAAGGCGUCCAAGACUAGCAACUCGCAGAGAAGAGAGUCGUCGUUCCACAAGCGGUUUAGGGACGUUCCGAGGAAGGACGAACAACCUAGACUUCGGCGGCAGGUUUUUAAUGUCCAUUAUCAGGCGUGUAUUGUGUCUUUCCGACUGCUACCUAUUCAUUUCUCUUUUUGUACGGGCAGGAAAACAUGGCUGGCAUGGAAUCACGGCUGUGAAGGCCUGCAGACUACGUAUAUCACCAAAGGCCAAGAUCGUAACUUGCCAGCAUUUGAUGUGACCCACUGCGAUUCGUCGUCCGCGACGCGGGAUGAGACCAGACUGACUGACCAGUCCCUUCGCUUAGGUGGGCUGAGAGAGAGGGAGUUGCGAAAGAUACGAGUCAUGCCUCCCAUUAUUAGAGUCAGUUUUAGGAGUGAGAAGAAGGACCGUAUUUGCCCUCGGAGAACUAGGAUCGACCGCCAGGGGGCGCGCUCGGGGAAAAAAAACCGCGUCGGAGGUGCUGUCACUUUGGCGCAUUUUCAAGACCUGAGCGCACUUAUAUUCUACACGAGCGUCCCGAAAGGAAAGUCUACAUCAUUGUGUGUCUUGCGCUCCUUUGACUGUAGCACCGAGGUUCCGUACCUAUCACUUCAGGGCUCCAUACAUCAAAGUACCUUAGCAGACGCAAAGCACCCAUCGCACCAGGAUUGGCUGACGGUCCAACGCACCAUCCCGUCAUCCUCAUUUCCUUCGCAAAGUUGUCGACCCGCCUCCCGCAUUCCUUCGUCUCUUUCAGUCAACUCGUGCGAUCGAACUACAUUAUCUCACCUCUGCCAUCUCGUCAAAGCCAUCAUGGACGCUGGCGAGGCCCAAACGAAGCUGAUCGCCUGGCUGCACGAGGCCUCCGAGGCCUUUCAAAAAGUCCCUGGAUCAGCCGUUCUAAUUCGCUACAUCCAAUCGAGCUACCAGAACGAUCCCAUUCGCUCCGGCAUCGAGCUAGUUCUCUUCAUAUUCUUCGUCCGCUAUCUCUUGUCGCCCUCCUAUUCAACCCAGAAGCAGAAUUUCAUCAAACUCCGCGAUGAUGAAAUCGACGAGUUGGUAGAAGACUGGACCCCGGAGCCGCUUGUGGCUCCUCAAACAGCUCUUGAGGAGAUCGAGGCCGAGAGGUUGCCUGUGAUUGUUGGACCGACCGGCCCCAAGACCAAGCUCGCAAACGGACGCACCGUCACGAACCUCGCUUCAUACAACUUCUAUAACUUCAAUGCCAACGAACAGAUCAAGGACAAGGCCAUCCAGACGCUACGCACCUACGGCGUGGGCCCAUGCGGUCCUCCCCAAUUCUACGGCACUCAGGACGUGCACAUGAAGACCGAAGCAGACAUCGCCGCCUAUCUUGGUACUGAAGCCUGCAUUGUUUAUGCCCAAGCCUUUUCUACUAUCUCGAGUGUCAUCCCCGCCUUCUGCAAGCGCGGAGAUAUCAUUGUCGCUGACCGCGCUGUCAACUACUCCAUUCGCAAGGGUAUGGAGGCGUCCCGAAGCACCAUCAAGUGGUACAACCAUGGUGAUAUGGACGACCUUGAACGUGUCAUCCGGAAAGUGGUUAAGGACCAGAAGGGCAAGAAGUUGACGAGAAGAUUCAUUGUCUCUGAAGGCCUAUUUGAGAUCACGGGAGACAGCGCGGACCUGCCCAGACUCGUUGAACUGAAGCACAAGUACAAAUUCCGCAUCAUCCUCGAUGAGACUUGGUCUUUUGGCGUCCUCGGCCGAACUGGCCGGGGCCUUACGGAAGCGCAAAACGUCGACCCCUCCCAGGUAGACAUGAUUGCCGGCUCUCUCGCCGGCCCUCUCUGCGCUGGAGGCGGCUUCUGCGCCGGUGCCAAGGAUGUUGUUGAGCACCAACGUCUCACGGCAGCUUCUUACACCUUCUCAGCUGCUUUGCCAGCCAUGCUUGCGGUCACCGCCAGCGAGACUCUCAGCGUUUUGCAAUCUAACCCGGACAUCCUUACGCAGUGCCGUGAGAACACCAAGGCCAUGAGGGCACAGCUGGAUCCUCGCAGUGACUGGGUCGUCUGCACCAGCUCGCCCGAGAAUCCCAUCAUGCUGCUGGUGCUUAAGGCCGAGGUCGUCGCUGCGCGCAAGCUUACACGAGAGGACCAAGAAAGGCUACUACAAGACUGUGUUGAUGAGGUAAGCAAGCUAUUGACAUAUGAGAUUCCAGAAGAAGACGGUGCUAACCGUGGUUUGCCCAUCAAGGCCCUUGCAAACGGGGUUCUCAUUACGCGCCUCAAGAGCAUGCCCAUUGCCAACGACCUGAACCCGAAGGAUGACAGCUGGCAGAUCCAGCCAGCGCUCAAGGUUUGCUUGACCACCGGCUUGCCCAGGAAGGACAUUGAGAAAGCAGGUGUCACGAUCCGACACGCUAUCACAAAGGUCAUGACCCGGAAGUCGAGCUCCAAAGUGGAUGACUUUAUGCGGGUGUCGUUUUCACAUGCGUACUGGGACUUGCCGUACUGCCAGCCACCACCCACUUCCCGCUGUCAGCUCGGCUCCGGAUCCGGCAUCGGGCGGACGGUCAACUGGCCCCAACAACUCGGCAUUAUGCCGCCCUCCACCUUUGUCGACGGACUCCGUAGACCGGGCACCGCCUUUGAUUACCUACACGGCGCCGAUGAGGGUUUCAAGCGAGAAGCCUUGACAGUACCUACCUCAGGCAGAACCCAAUCCUACCUAGCAUACAAGUGCAACGCUUCCCAUACAUUGAUCUACUGCCCUUCAAGCAUCGCGUUCCUUGGCUGUACUUACUCGGAGCAAUCGAACCUACACUGGUCGAACUCAGAAGACGACAUUGAGGACCAGAAACUCAUUCACACCAACGGCUCGACAUUUGUUCAUCUUUAUCUCCAGAUACUGAGAACAAAGUUGCAAUGUGUUGCUUGUUACAAGUGGGAACCAACAUUCCUGCCUCUGGCUGCGCUGUCUCUCCCUCCGCUCGUUACUCCCUUCCCGUCUCAUCUCCUAAUUCAAUUCCCCUGCCGAGCAACUUUGUUGCAUGAUUGGGCCGCGAGAAGUCACAGCCAGGUACCAAGGACGCCCCCGUGGGGUGGAGGACUGACGCUACUUGAAUACACCAUGCCCGCCAUCUCUGCCUCUUUUGGUGUUUCUCGUCUUUUCCAUCCUCUCGUCUUCUUUCCCUCGUCCUAUACUAUUGCUCGUCGCCGUUGGCUUCGUGUAGUGCAAAGCUGUAUCGACAGCGAUUCCCUGACUUUGAACAAUCCUGUUCCAGCGAAAUCCAACUUCAACCGAAGCCUAGAACCACGGGCGUCUACACCACCAUAUUCUCUGUCUACCGGUAUCUCGUCAACACUGGCGCUCGCUGCCUUGUUUGGGCUCUCGGCUGCUCAUCCCAAAGGCACUAGAGAUGUCAAAGGAGCAAUUGUUGGGCCUGAGAAGAUCCUCGUGACUGAUUCUUCACUCAACGAGGCGACCGAGGCCCCUCAAGUAGUUGUCUACGUCGACGAAGAGGGUACUCCUUUGGAAACGACCGUCGAAACGGUCCGCUUCGUGCCGCCAUCGCAAUCAGCCCAACGCCCCUCGAAGCCUGUAGAUCUCAAAUCCCGAUCUGAGGAACUAGCCACUCGCGUUACCUCGUCACGAGACCUUACUAGUGACCUCCUAGGCUCUUCUUCUCCGUUGGUCGCCUCGACGACCGCUUCACUCUCCGUUUCUUCAACAUCAUCCUCUACGCCAACACCCUCCCUCACUUCGAACUCCACUCUCACUUCAAACUCGACCCUGAACGGAAUUGCAUAUGCCCCUUACACAGCAGCGGGACUGUGCAAGACAGCCGCUGAGAUCGACGCCGACUUCACAGAGCUCAAGGGAAAGUACUCGGUAGUGCGCACCUACGGUACCGACUGCAAUCAGAUCGCGAACGCCCUUCCCGCGGCUAAGAAGGCCGGUCUCAAGCUCUUCUUGGGCAUUUUUGACAUCAGCUCAAUCUCUGAACAGGUCGCAGCCAUUAGUACGGCAGCCAACGGCGACUGGUCUCUGAUCGAUACUGUCAGUGUCGGCAAUGAAUUGGUCAACAAUGGCAAGGCCACAGCGCAGCAAAUCGUAACAGCUGUCGGGGAGACACGCCAGCUCCUCCGCGCCAAAGGUUACACCGGCCCUGUCGUAACUGUUGAUACCUUUGUGGCGGUUCUUGCCAACCCUUCACUUUGUGAUGCUUCCGACUACUGCGCGAUGAACAUUCACCCCUUCUUCGACAGCAACACGGCAGCGAAGGACGCUGGCUCGUUCAUCACCAACACGGUUGCGCAGGUCCAGGCCAAGCUCACUGACCGAAGCAAGCGUAUCGUCUGCACGGAGACGGGCUGGCCAUGGAAGGGAAAUUCCAACGGUGCCGCUGUGCCAGGUCUUUCUGAGCAAAAGUUGGCCGUCGACUCAAUCAAGAAUGCAUACGCAAGCCAUCCGAAUGAUGUGAUUCUCUUCUCUGCUUUCAACGACCUCUGGAAGCACGCCGAGGCAGCGACCUUCAAUGCGGAGCAGUACUGGGGCAUUGGAGCUCUGCUGCGGGCAAGCCAAGGACGAGGCGGAUACGCUGACGCAGUCUGGGUUGUGAAGAGACCGGCGCAGCAUCUUUAUGGUUCCCAAAUUCAUUCUAACGGGACGGACCUCUGCGAGGCUACAAGUGAAACUCGUAGCUUUAGGUCAGGCAAGUACCUGAUGAAGCCUGUUCGAUGUGGUCUUUCGAUAGGAGUGACCCCGGGGAAAGAAGACGAGAAAAGGUAUACAUGUGAUCGCGACGGGAAUAAAGCGGGAUGGGUUUUCGCCGCGGAUCCCGGCGCAGAGGCCGCGCAGAGCCCCUCCAAGGUGUCAACCUCGCUCCCUGUCUCUCCCACUUACACUCGAACUCAACAUCUCAAACUUUCAAUAGCUGAGCUACCUUUAGGAACUACCUUGAACGGCCGGAUCAACAUGGAAGAUGCGAACUCAAAUUCGUUCGUUCGUUCGUUCGUUCCAUUGAUAUUUCAGCACCUGCUCCAGCCAUUCCUCGUCCCAAGCUCCUUUCUGAGCUUUGCCGCCUUGCACAUCCGACAGUCAAAACCCAAUUGCAACGUCACAAGACGGUCGUGCCGGAGCCGCGAGCGCAAGCGCAAUGGCUACCUCCGUGGGGACAGCUUCGGGUGGGAAGCCAAAGAGGACGAGGGAGGCAGAGUUGUCACAAUAGUUGACGAUUUCGUCGUCAAGUUGGACGGGUGGCUAGCAUACCACCCGGGCGGCGACAAGGCUAUCCAGCACAUGGUCGGUCGAGAUGCCACCGACGAGGUCACCGUAUCCUUCCCCGUCGCAGGCUGGGAAGAUGGAGAGGAAGAGAAACAACUGCAUUCUCCAGAAGCCAAGGCGCAAAUGGCUCGGUAUCGAAUCGGAAGAAUCGAGGGCCACUGGAGGAACUUUGUCCCACCCAUUCAGGGAGGCAAGUUCAGGACGAUUGAGCAGGGCGGUCCCGAGUUCGACCAUGCCGAGGACGACGACGCACUGCGCUUCUUUGGCGCCUCGUCUCCCAGCGACGUCAGCUCACGAGAAGCCUCGCCCGUAUUCGACACCACCGAGAACCACGUCCGUCACAGAAACGGCGCUGUGGCGAGCCCGAACUCAGCCUCUGGCUCUUCGGCCACGUCAGUCAUCGACGAUGGUCACGACGACAAGGAGAUGGACGGCACUGCUUUCCUCGACUCGGAGACGCGGAAACAGAUCCGUCUCGACCUCGACAAGUACCCUGCCCUGGAUGACGAGACGCAGUCAGACAUUGUGCGAAAGUACAGGCUCCUCGACAAGCGCAUCAAGGCCGAAGGGCUUUAUGACUGCGACUAUCGUGCCUACGCCAUUGAAGUAUCACGGUAUACGCUUCUCUUCGUCGGUAUGCUGACGUUUCUGCGAUGGGGCUGGUACUUCCCAAGUGCAGCUUGUCUGGGCUGCUUCUGGCACCAGCUCGUCUUCACCGCCCACGACGCCGGGCAUAUGGGCAUCACUCACAACUUUCACGUUGACACGUGUAUUGGCAUCUUCAUCGCUGACUUCAUGGGCGGUUUGUCCAUUGGAUGGUGGAAGCGGAACCACAACGUCCACCACAUCGUCACGAAUUCUCCCGAGCAUGACCCUGAUAUCGAGCACUUGCCCUUCUUCGCCAUCUCCCACCGCUUCCUUGGUAACUUGACGUCGACCUACUACGAGCGUGUGAUGGAAUACGAUUUUGCGGCCAAGCUGUUCAUGAAGGCGCAGUCGUAUCUCUACUACCCCAUCAUGCUCUUUGGCCGCUUCAACCUGUACAGACUCUCGUGGGACCACCUCAUCAUGGGCCGCGGUCCCAAGAAGGGCAUCGCCUGGUGGCACCGCUGGCUCGAGGUGGCUGGCCAGGUUUUCUUCUGGGCCUGGUUCGGCUACGGCAUCGUGUACAAGUCCAUUCCCACCAAUUGGGACCGCUUUGUCUUCGUGAUCAUCAGCCACAUGUUCCAGGCCCCGUUGCACGUCCAGAUCACGCUCUCCCACUUCGCCAUGAGCACCGCAGACUUGGGACCCCACGAGUCGUUCCCGCAAAAGAUGCUGCGGACGACCAUGGACGUCGACUGCCCGACCUGGCUUGAUUUCUUCCACGGCGGCCUGCAGUUCCAGGUCGUCCACCACAUGUACCCGCGCAUCCCACGCCACAAUCUGCGCAAGACCCAGCGGCUCGUGCAGGACUUUUGCAACGACGUGGGUAUUCCCUACGCCCUCUACGGUUUUGUGGACGGUAACAAGGACGUGAUCGGUCGGCUGGCCGAGGUGUCCCGGCAGGCUGCCAUCUUGGCAAAAUGCCAAAAGGUCGCGGCUGAUCACAUCCAGAGCGGCCAUGAGUUGGUCUCAUUUUCGUCAUCUGGCUGCAUAAUGGGUGGUAAGGAGAAUGAUGUGAGAAGAGGAGACAUGCAUACCAACCAUGUGGUAUCAGACCGCAUGAUCGGGUUGCCCGAUCUGUACUUCUUCGCCCGACCUUCCUUGAGCCGCUCCUCCAUCAUCUCUGGAGACUAUGUGACUACUUCCGAGGUUUUGGCUGUGCCACAUCCAACCACCGCCCUCUGUCAUGGUUUGUACCGUUUCUUAUUCCACCUUGUGCGCGAGGAAAGGACGGACCUUCAACCGGCGUGGGAUUCUCUCCUCGCUCCCCGGUUUCCCCAACGGCCAAUGAACGUUGAGACAGAACGGGAAAGAGAUGUUGAUUUCCUCUCAUACUUGCUGGCUUUUUCCACAAGUAUAUGGCAUGCAUGGCAUGCGCCCCAGCACCGUGGCACACAUGGAAACGCUUCUUAUCCCGAUCCAUGGUUCACGUUCCCGAUCGGAUGUUCUGACCCGGGAGUUAUGCACGAUCUGGGAAUCGAUGAGGCUGCUGGCCGUGAGACCCCAAACCAUAUCGGAACUUCUACACCGACCCGGACGGACGGGGAACUCCCUGGGUUCAACCUCCGUUUCCUUUUGACGAGGUUCCAGCGCCAUGGCAACGAGCAAACCGCGGUCUCUUCCUUUGGCGCUGUUCUCCUCAAAACAGAUCCGCAACCACGGAACAAGAAUGGGCAGAACGGGGCCUACGCAGACAUGAACGUAAGGCUUCGGGGUGACACGGGACGGUCAACUUCGGAGGCCAGUCCGGCUCCCCGUGCUCCCGUCCCGUUGGUACUUGAAGGAAAAAGACGUAGUCGUAACAUCAGAUAUGUUUUUGUAACAGCCGUUAGCCAAGUAUUCACAACAGUCGAUGGAGCUGUACGACCCAUGUACUUACUUCCCGGGUGGUCGUAUUGUAAAGUAGCCAUUCUCACCAAUUACGACUGUCUUUGGAAUCAUUGGUGCCUCAUUAAGACCUCCUUCGAGACAGGAGUAUGGGCGUCGUUCUGGAUUGCAACUCCUAGACAGGUCCUCAACAGCUUACCGAACAUGGCCAGGGUGCCAAAGGCGGUGGGCAGCUACUGGGUGAAGAUCCCGGGCGUGUUAGUGUCCUACCACAAUCUGCCCGUAAUUCCCGGUCAUUAUCCAGCUUUGAGCAAUAUCCGACUGCCGAGCUCUCUUUCCACACCGCUCCCAAACCUUUCAACCAUGCCACAGGGCAAGAAGAAGAAGGCCUCAAGGGCACCGAGGCCCCCGAGUGCUCCAAAGGGGCCCAAACCCAAGCAUCUCCAGGAAGAAAUGACCGAGGAAGCAUACGAGCGAAUCCUGCUUCGCUAUGGAGAGGACCACGAGUUUGUGCAGCGAGCUAGGAUUACUCUCGACAAGAAGAAGAAUCAAGGCUCGUCGAGUAAGGAUCCGCAAGGGGGCCAACAGAUCGAUGAAGUUUCGUGUCGUUAG